GGAAAACACAUAUUUCCGAUGGUCUUAAGAACUGAGACACCAUUCCUCUAUCUGUCUCCAGGCGGGUCCGCCCACAUGCAGAUACGCCCACAUUUCCCUGGACCAUGAUGUGUAGGCUGGAUGACAUGCAGCCCCUGUCAUCUGGCCACACCCCCAGGGAUCACUCAACAGCUCCACCUCCUCGCCUUGAUUGGCCGCUGGAACUGUAGCUCAGCAGAGGCACACAGGCGGCCAAUCACCGGCGAGGAGGUGGAGCUUGGAGAGGAGGAGCCGAGCGAGUGUAGAGGAGGAGAGCGGCCGGAGAAGGAAGACAGCUGACUGAUGGUGCUGCCGCAGCCAGGUAUGCUGGCUGUAGAUGGGAGAGGGAGGGAGCGAGCCCAGGCUGGAGCAGGGGUCAGCAAGGUAAAUAUUAU